GAGUGUGGGCUGGCUCAAGCUGACACUUAAAGACGCUCGCGGUGGCUCCUGUGCAUUCCCCCAGCAGACCGGCUGGGAUGCUCACAGCGCAGUAGAAGAGACUUCAGCCUCUGGGGUGGGGGGUGGGGGGAAGGUGUACCCGCACUGGAGCACGUGUAUUUUUAGCUCUUCCUUCCAACUCUUUCACUUUGCAGUCUUUCUUUUUUUGUGCAAAGAGUAGCCAUGGGCGACGGCGUGGGCGGGCGUCCGCUGCCGGUGCCGGUGCUGAUGCUGCUGCUGCUGCCGGUCCCGGGACUCUCUGAGGCUCUGACGGUGAGCUGGACGCCAGGAGACUACCAGAACACCGCGGAGGACGCACUGAGGUUCCUCAGCGACUACAACGCCACUGCUGAGGAGGUGCUAUUCCACAGCGUGUCUGCCAGCUGGAGCUACAACACCAACAUCACGGACCACAACGCCCAGCUGCAGGUAACCGCAUCGCUGGAAGAGCAGGCCUUCGCCUCAGCGUGGGGGUUGAAGGCCAAGCAGGUCUUCACUGGCGAGCUCCUCGACUCCCUCCCCGACCCGUCAGACAAGAAGCUCAUAGACAAGAUCAAAAUACUGGGAGUCGCCAACCUGCCCCAGAAAGAAAGGGAGGAGUACAACACAAUUCUCAGCAUCAUGGACAACAUUUAUUCAACGGCCAAGGUGCAUCCAGCCCCGAACAUCAGCUGGAGUCUGGAGCCUGAUCUCACAGAUAUAAUGGCCAACUCCAGGAGCUACAAGAGGCUGCUGUACGUGUGGGAGGCCUGGCACAAUAAGUCAGGUGUACCUCUCCGGGACCACUACCCCAAGUUCGUGGCGCUCAGCAACAAGGCCUCUGAAGCUGACGGGUUUGAAGACACUGGAGCUGACUGGCGUUCUUGGUACGAGUCCGCGACCUUUGAGCAGGACAUCGAGGAGCUCUACAGGACCAUUGAACCCCUCUACCAGAACCUGCACGCCUUCGUGCGCCGCAAGCUGUACGACCAGUACGGCCCCAAGUACAUCAACCUUAAAGGACCCAUCCCCGCUCACCUGCUAGGAAAUAUGUGGGCCCAGACCUGGAACAACAUUUACGGGAUGAUGAUCCCAUUUCCUGAUAAACCCAACCUGGAUGUGACUGGUGAAAUGCUCAAGCAAGGCUACAACGCCACACGCAUGUUCCGCGUGGCCGAGGAGUUCUUCACCUCGCUGAACUUGGAGGAGAUGCCUCAGGAGUUCUGGGACGGGUCCAUGCUGGUGAAGCCCGAAGGUCGUGAGGUGGUGUGCCACGCGUCCGCCUGGGACUUUUACAACCGCAGAGACUUCAGGAUCAAGCAGUGCACCACGGUUACCAUGGAGCAGCUCUUCACCGUGCACCACGAGAUGGGGCACAUCCAAUAUUACCUGCAGUACAAGGACCAGCCGGUGGGCUUCCGACGCGGAGCCAACCCGGGCUUCCACGAGGCCAUCGGCGACGUGUUGUCUCUUUCCGUUUCCACCCCCCAACAUCUGAAAAAAAUUGGGCUUCUGGAAACCGUGACCACUGACCACGAAACUGAUACCAACUAUCUUUUAAAGAUGGCCCUGGAGAAGAUAGCCUUCCUUCCCUUUGGCUACCUCAUCGACCAGUGGAGAUGGGGUGUGUUCAGUGGGAAAACGCCACCAGAGCGGUACAACGCCGACUGGUGGUACCUCAGGACCAAGUAUCAAGGCGUCUGCCCCCCCACCAAGCGUACAGAGGCGCACUUUGAUCCUGGCGCCAAGUACCACAUUCCUGGAAACACGCCAUACAUCAGGUAUUUCGUCAGCUUUAUCCUGCAGUUCCAGCUCCACGAAAAACUGUGUGCGGCAGCCAAUCAUACGGGUCCCUUGCACACGUGUGACAUCUACCGCUCCGCAGAGGCUGGGGCCAUUUUAAAGAAGAUCCUCCAGGCCGGCUCCUCUAAACCUUGGCCCGAGGUGCUCCAGGAGGCCAUAGGGACCAGAAAGCUGGACGCCACCUCGCUGAUGAAAUACUUUAACCCCAUUAUUCAGUGGCUGGAGGGGCAAAAUGUCAAUGAGACGUUGGGAUGGCCUGACUUUAACUGGGUCCCGCCCAUGCCUGAGGGCUACCCUGAGGACAUUGACAAGAACACGGACGAGCUCCACGCAAAGAAUUUUCUGGAUGAGUACAACAGCACAGCUGAGGGGGUGUGGAACGCCUACACCGAGGCCUCGUGGACGUACAACACGGACAUCAACGAAGCCAACAAGCAGGCGAUGCUGAAGAAGUCCCUGGAGAUGUCGGCCCACACCCUGGAGUACGGCAAGGCGGCCCGUCAGUACGACACCACGGACUUCCAGGACGGCUCGGUCAAACGCAUCAUUCAGAAGCUCAGCGACAUCGAAAGGGCCGCGCUGCCCACCGCACAGCUGGAAGAGUACAACAAUCUUCUAUCCAACAUGGAGACCAAGUACAGUGUGGCUCAGGUGUGCAGAGAUGAUGGGAAAUGCCAUCCGUUGGAUCCCGAUCUUCAGAAGAUCAUGGCGGAGUCCAGGGAUUACGACGAACUGCUGUUUGCGUGGAAAGGAUGGAGAGACGCUGCUGGCAAAGUGCUUCGCCAGGAUUACAAGAGAUAUGUUGAACUGGCCAACACGGCCGCCAAACUCAACGGUCACUCGGACAACGGGGCUUUCUGGCGCUCCCUGUAUGAGACCCCCAGCUUCGAGGAGGACCUGGAGGCUCUGUGGAAGGAGCUGGAGCCGCUCUAUCAGAACGUGCACGCGUAUGUGCGCCGGGCGCUCUACAAAAAGUAUGGCUCCCAGCACAUCAACCUGAAGGGAGCCAUUCCUGCUCAUCUGCUGGGAAACAUGUGGGCGCAGACGUGGUCGGGCAUUAUGGAUUUGGCGAUGCCCUACCCGCAUGCCACGCAGGUGGACGCCACGCCCGCCAUGGUUUCAAAGGGCUGGAACGCCACCAGAAUGUUCCAGGAAUCCGACAAAUUCUUCACCUCUCUGGGUCUUUUGCCAAUGCCCCAAGAGUUCUGGGACAAAUCCAUGCUAGAGAAGCCGUCUGACGGACGCCAGGUGGUGUGCCACGCCUCCGCGUGGGACUUCUAUAACCGCAAAGACUUCAGGAUCAAACAGUGCACCGUGGUGACUAUGGACGACCUGAUCACGGCGCACCAUGAGAUGGGCCACGUUCAGUACUUCCUGCAGUACAAAGACCAGCCCGUGUCCUUCCGGGAUGGAGCCAACCCCGGCUUCCACGAGGCCAUCGGCGACGUGUUGGCCCUGUCAGUGUCCACGCCCAAACACCUGCAGAGCAUCGGCCUGCUGGACAAAGUGGAGAGCAACCAUGAGAGCGAUAUCAACUUCCUGAUGAGCAUGGCGCUCGACAAGAUCGCCUUCUUGCCUUUUGGUUACCUGAUGGAUCAGUGGAGAUGGAAGGUGUUCGAUGGGCGUAUCCCAUCCACUGAGUACAAUAAAGAAUGGUGGAACCUCAGAAUGAAGUACCAGGGCCUGUGUCCACCUGUAACCCGCACCGAGGAUGACUUCGACCCAGGUGCAAAGUUCCACAUCCCUGCGAACGUGCCAUACGUGAGGUACUUUGUCAGCUUCAUCAUCCAGUUCCAGUUCCACAAGGCUCUGUGUGAUGCCGCCAAGCACGUCGGGCCCCUGCACACCUGCGACAUCUACAAGUCCGCAGAAGCUGGGAAGCUUCUGGGCGACGUGAUGAAGCUCGGCUUCAGUAGGCCUUGGCCCGAGGCGAUGGCCAUGAUCACCGGCCAGCCCAGGAUGAGCGCCCAGCCUCUCAUGCAGUAUUUCCAGCCUCUCAUUCAGUGGUUGGAGGCAGAAAACAACAAGAACAAUGAUGUUCGCGGGUGGCCCGACUACGACUGGAAACCUUCAAGUGAAGCGGAGGCUACGAAGGUGGACUUCCUGGGUUUAAGUGUGGACGGGGCGUCUGCUGUCGCCGGCCAGUGGGUCUUGUUGGUCCUCGGGGUGGUCCUCUUGGUGGCCACCAUGCUUUUGGCCUACAAGUACAGGAGGUCAAAAAGGCCUCAGAGGUCCUCGUCCACCAUGGAGCUCAAGCAGAAGUACUAGCCAUCGACUAGCAGCGGCUAGCAGCGGCUAGCAGCGGCUAGCAGCCAAACCCGUUUUAGUGCUGUAUUGUACAUCUGAUUUAAUCUGCUUUUCUUUUCUUCUGCUUCCUCAUCUAAUCUGCUAUAUUUGUUCUAUACACUUAGACUCAAUUUAUAUUUUUGCCUAUGCAAAAGAAAACUAUAAUUUUUUAAUUUAUUUUAAAGUGUAAAUUGUUGAGAAGAAAUGUUUUUUAAUCAAUGUUCAAGUUUUAACAUUUUUUGAAUCUUCGAUUUUGUUUCUUUUGUUGUUGAAUCUGCAUUUCUAUAAUAACAUGAAAUAUUGAUUCUGCGUUUGAUGUGUAAGAUAUUCUGUAAAACACACAAUGAUGACGGUAACAAUUGAACCGCGGAGGUUGGUUAAAGCAAUUUAACGAAAUAGAAACUGAAACAAGAGUUUGUGGCUUCAGCAGACUGAACAUUUUAUAUGACCUAGUACAUUUAAAAUUGUACUAUUUUUACAUUAUACAUAUGGCAUUUUUAAGUGAUAUUUACAUAUUUUUUAAUUGCAUAAUGUAUGACUUUAAAAAUAUUAUUUUACAAACUUAUUUAUACACAAUAUCAUUAUUGUUUUAACUAAAUUUUAAAAUAAUUUGAAUGGACAUAAAAUGUUUUUUUCGUCUGCCAUGCAAUACUAUGUGAUUUGCAUGAUGAUGAUAUGACUUUAUCAAUACUAUCAAUUUUGAAUUUAAAUUAUAAUUAGGGCCGGCACAAAAUAUUGAUCUAAUUAAUUAGAGGCUUUGUAAUUAAUCGAAAUUGAUCGCAUUUUAAUUGCAUAAAUAUUUGACCUGAGAACAGUGAGAAGUAAUUUUUUUCCACAUGGAUUUUUAUUUUUGUUCAACCAAUUCCAGCAGACAAGUGUAGAAAUAGCAUAUUUAGAAAUAUAGUACUUUCAAAAAUUCAGGUAGCCUAUAGGUAAGUAGACCUGUAAACUAGUUUUUUUUUAAAAGUAGACCAAUACUUUCAAGUACAUUCAUAACAUUGGUUAUUUUUUCAGACGUGGACUUAGUUACCCUGGUCCUUAAACCAGUCAUCUGGUGCAGUGUGGGUUGGGUGUGGGUCCUUGUACGUCCACGCUAGCUGCUAGUUGUGUUGCGUUGAGGUGAUACUUGAGGCUCGAUGUGAAUUCCUUGUUGCACAGCUUGCACACAACCACGCUCUUAUCGACGCUUCCAUCCGUGUGUUUAUUAUAAUAAGAUUUCCCAUUCACGGGGCCAACCGACACGGUCUCGUCAGCUUCUUCGUUCAUGUUCACUGUGGUUUGUUGUUGUCUGAAGUCAUGAACGCUAGUUGGUGCUCCAGUAUAAUUGGUCCUCCGAAACUCAUCCAGUGAGAAACGUUCCGCGGUGCAAAAAACAAGUGUAAAAAUGCGUAAAAAAUGUUUAAUGUGUUAUUUUUUGUGUAAUUAAUUCAUCUUAAUUCACAUUGUAAUUAAUUAAUCGUAAUUAACGCGCUAAAGUCCUGGCCCUAAUUUUAAAUUAAACAAACAGUGACACUGUGAAUCAUCGUGAGUUCUGGUGUCUAGUGGAAUCAAAGCUGACCUUCCUGAUCCACAUUUGGGAUUUGAUUCUCUCUCCUCAAGGUGCCGUGUGUCAAACGUGUUUAUUUCUUCCGGGAUUUAUUCUCCACUCAGCUGAGGAGGACCUUCAGACUGGUUUAGCUCCAUAGGGGAGUCGGUAUGGAUCCUCUCAAUUCACACGCGGGCAUCAGCACACAUGUCGAAAAAAGUGAAGUAAGGAUCACAGCAUAAAAGUAGUGAAAUCAACUAGGGCUUUAUUAGAAAUGCCAUUAUAUGACUUUACUUGACCUGCAAUUCUAUUAUAACGGUAUGGAACGGUUGUGGAUUCCAGUCAGGGCUUCAAACUGUAAACUUUGAAACAGUUUUGAGGUCUAGUUAACAAUCCCAAGGUCUAAUAUGAGAAACGGACACAAUGAGGCAUGUGCUUGAAUAGCUCAAGGGAACAACUGAAGGGCUGCAGGCUCCAACCUGCUGUCUGAGGUUGUGGGUUCAUGCCCCUUAAUGCAGACAUCACUUCUGCUUUGAAAGAGUUUUGAGGUUUGAGUAGCAGUCUCAAGGUUAAAUGCGAGAAACAAAAAUAAU